AAAUGUCCGAUAAAUCCGGAGGGUUUUUCUCAUCGGUUGGCCGCUUCUUUUCUGUUGGAGCUAGUGCCACUAAAAGCAAAGACGGCGAUAAGUCGAAUGAUGAAGGUACAUCCAAUUCGUCUUCAAAAUCGUCUCCUUCUGCGUCUCCAGCAUUGAAAAAUAUAUUAUCCGUAGAUAAUGAAGCUAAAAUAGCUUCAGAUGAAACUUCAGUGAAUACCUCACAAAACCAUCGCAUCGGAUCACGUCUUCGAUACCUCAGUCCGACUGCAUUGGAUCGGCGUACGAGUGCAUCCAAUGGCUUAGAGAUCGAUGUGGACGCUGUUCCAGAUAUUUUCUUCAGCACUCCUGCGGUUUCCACGAAUCGCAAACGUCAACUGACAGAGCUCGACAAGCAGAUUCUACCACAAUCGUUUCGAAGUGAGAGUGUGAAACGAAGUCGAUUCCUGAACAGAUCAUUACUGGAACCAACUCUUAAUAGUUCAAUGAAUAAUGAGAGGAAAAUGGAUAUGACUUGGUGUGGAGAGUUAACUGCUAAUCAUUCUCCUGCUUCAUCUAUCACAAAUUUCUCACUUUUGAGCCGACGAAGUGGAGCAACUACCAACGGGUCAUUAAGUACAAGAACUCAAGAAAUUUUCAAAAAGCUUGAAGGUGCAAAUACACCCGCGAAAGAAGUUCAGAGAAUGUCAAUGCUUCGAGCUGGCAUUGCUCGACCAGAAAAAUGGGGAUCGUUUAGCGAGAGCAAGGUUCCAAAUGGUUCAGCAACUGGCACACCACCACCUCCAUUGAAAAAAGCUGGAGACGCAAUUCCAUCUCGUAUACAGCUCAUAUCAAAGACUAUGGGAAUGUCCGCUCGACGUGCUCCUUAUUGGACGGAUUUAACUAGGAAAAGAACAUCGUCGAAAAAUGGAGACACUGGAUCUUCUGAUUCAAUGAAAUCAUUGAACGGAAACUUUGCGACUGCAGAGCUGAGCUCCUUGUUUUCACUGGACUUACCAGCUCCAAAGAAGACAGCAUCAACUGCAUCCACGACCACCAUAAACUCGUCAAAUAGUCGAAAACAACAUGCCUCAAUUAUGAAGGGACCUGAUGGGAAACCAGUUAGUAGAAAUACGUUCAAACUCUCUGAUGACAUUGAAGAAGUUGAUGAGGAUUCACAGAAACUUCCACCAAUUCCAACAACAACUCUGCAGAAUCCACAACCUCUGAAAUUGGCGCCAGAAUAUGCACCCAAGCGCGGGUUUUUGGACGAUCUCGCGUUCUCAUUCACAGCUCCAGUUGAUUUAGUUACUGCUGUUGGAACUGCAAAAACCGCAAGUACGGCAAGCUCACAUAAAGCAUCCGAGUCCAGCAGUGAGAGCAAUGCAGAAUCGACAGAAAAGCAAACAUCUGAAAGCAGUGGAAACGAAUCAGAUUCCGAAGAAUCAGAAGACUCAGAAGUAGACGUCGGUGAGGAGAAUGGUAGUGAAGUGAAAGAGUCGCGACCACAAACUUCCGCUGACACUAUCUCAUCUGCCGGAGGAUCCAAUCAGAGUUCAAAGGAUUCGUCUCCAAAAGUUGCCAAAGAUGCAGAACCAGUUGUGGUUGCUCCAGCUCCAGUGGUCGAUGCUGGUUCUAAAAAAUGGGAAUGUCAAUCGUGUUUCUGUAGUUGGGAUUCUACGCUAUCGGAAUGUGGGGCAUGUGGGGAAGCACGUCCAGGAGGAUCUGGUACUGGUCCAAAAAGUCAACCAAAACCUUCCGAAAAGCAGCUUGUAUCAAAUCUCAGUAGUUUCGCAUCGAAUACACCAAGUACUGUCAAGUUCGGAUUUGGAUCAGGUGCUUCAACGACAACAACUAUUGCAUCGACAACUUCAAACACAAUUCCAUUCGGAAGCGGUUCUUCAGUGGCACCACUUUUUGGAGCCCCCAAGACAACUGCUCCACCACCAACAACUGUUCCUGCCACAAUUCCAGUAGCCCCUACUACUAUCGCAUCUGCUCCUGUUGCUGCUGUAACUUCAUCCUCCAAUGGUACACGUGUUGAUUGGGAGUGCCCUGAUUGUAUGGUUAGCAAUAAGGCCAGUGAUGAUAAAUGCCCAUGUUGCUCACAUGUCAAAUAUGCAUCUGCUGAAGCAUCUUCGAAUGUUUUUGGUAAUCGGGCCUUCAAACCACUUUCUUCCACAGGGUCUACUAUUUCAUUCGGAGUUGGUGGAAGUACAGCAACCACCCAACCAAGCGCAUUUGCAUUUGGACUGUCAAAGACAACAGAAGUUGCGCCAACUUCUACUCCAGCCUUUGGGCUUUCGGCGAAACCAGCUGUUUCAUCAGCCCCAGUCGAGAAACCAUCUGCACCAGAAGUUCCCAAAACAGCUGGAUCUCUUUUCGGAAAUAUCGCCAAACCUGCCGAUUCAGCUACCACAAGUUUCUUGGCUCCAGGUGCUGCAUCGUCUACAAGUUCUUUGGCGCCAACGGCGGGAUCAUCAUUGUUUGGUGGUUCAACUGGAUCUAUCUUCAAUUUAAACAAAACCAACACGACAGAGACUGCGAAGCCAGGCCUAUUCGGAUCGAUCUUAGAUAAGGAAACACAUGUCACAACAACUCCUGUCUCUGUUGCUCUUCCAUCAUCUACAGAUUCGACUCAAUCAAAAUCCGCUAUUCCAACAAUUGCUCCAACCAUGUCAUUGUUUGGAAACUCAUCUACUGGAUCAUUCGGUGGAUCAUCAAUGUUCGGCAAUUCCAAAACGGAACUUCCAAAGAUUUCUUCUACGCUUUCGUUCGGAAAUCCAACGACUGCUGCAGCACCAGUGUCCACAGCUACCGCAGAAGCUGUAAAAACUAAUGUCUUCGGAAGCAACUCGGCAUCAGCAUCAACCAGCCUUUUCGGUGCAGGAUCCUCGUCCACAGCAACUAAUCUGUUUACAACAAAGCCUGCUGAUUCGACAACUUCUUCGAUUUUCGGAAAGCCGAUUUCAUUUGGAGACGAUUCAGGAACAACCACUACUGACGGGGCACCAGCAAAGCGUGGAUUGUUCUCAUCCGACUCACAGAAGCUUCAGUUCGGCGGCCAGCAAAAAGUUGAGAUGCCAAAGUUUACUGGUUUUGGAAACCCUGCCUCUACUGCCUCAACCACAAGUGGAUCACUCUUUGGCGGUGCUUCUACAAAUCCACCAAUGUUCGGAGGGCCUUCAUCCUCAAGCAUUCCCGCAUUUUCGACAUCAAACUCUUCAAGCACUUCAGGUUUUCCUAGCUCUACAGCGACCCCAUUCGGAAACGCCGGGACAACAUCAACCUCUGGAGUGUUUGGUGCAUUUGGAAACAAGCCAUCACAACCAGGAUUGUCUUCUAGCUCAUCUACGAACUCGUUGUUCGGUCAAGCACCUGCUGAUUCCUCUAACCCGUUCGGUGGCACGUCCAAUAAUGGCUUCAACUUUGGUGCAUCUAGCAGCACAACCGGCGCCACUGCAGGAGGCGGAGGAGUUUUCCAGUUUGGAAAUGCUGCCACCUCAGCUCCAGCUCCGACUGCUGCUCCAGGAGGUGGAGCGUUCCAGUUUGGUGGUAACAUGUCAGUUCCACAAGCUCCAGCACCUGGUGGAAUGGAAAACGCCUUUUCUUAUCAAGCUCCGAGUGGUGUCGGCGCCCGAAAAAUGGCAAUGGCUCGACGCCGUAACAUGAGAAAGUAAUGGAAAAGUUGUUAAUCGACAUUCGUCAUUUAAUCUAGAUUAUUAGAAAUAUAUUUUGUUGCAAUCAUACCAUUUUUGUUGUUCCCUCUUUCCUUAUUGCCCUUAAUUAAUUGUAUGUUUGUUGUGAAGUAGAGAAGAGGAACUGUACAAAACAUAUCCGUUUUCCCAUUUUAAAUUUCGCCUCAUGUUUAUCAAAAUUUAUUUUCUUUUCCUCGAAACGUUUUUUGGAGUGUCCCCUUCUCUCCACAACAGUCCUCUACAUAAAACCCUAGUUAUCUUUCUAUCCUCAUUCCCUUUUUCCCCGGUAGUAUUUGUCCCCCGUUCUAUAUUUAAAAAUUAUCUACAUCUAUUAACCCCUCCUCCCAUAUAUACCCAUAUGUCUCCUAUCAAAUGAUUCUUCCCAUUCAAAAGUCUUUAAAAACUGUUAUAUUCAAAAUAUAAUUCAAAUUAUUCAAAAUUACCAUCGGGUUAAUACACUUUUCGCUGUGACUGAUUUCAAAAAUGUUUAGAUUACCCGUUAUUUUGUUUUCUUUUUUAGACAGCCCCCCCACACAUUUCCAUUUAAUUUUGCUCAAAUUCCGAAACACAACUUUCAAGUUUUCAACACCGAGCCUUUUGAGUUCUAGCUAGAGCUACUUCCCCUUUGUUUUCAUUUGAAUGUUUUCUUUCCGAUUUUUUUUUUCAAGAAUUAAUUUUUAAUGGGAAAUCUAAUUAUAUCUAUUGUUGUUGUGACCACUCCCACCAUUUAAAACCCACCACUUGUCUCGUUAUGGUAUUUCCUAGGUUGGAAUCAAUAAAGGUGUGAAAAUAAA